UCUGCCUCUACAGGAGCCCAGUGCAGGCCGCAGAGUCGGUGCCGCUGCGAGCCGAGACCGCGGGCCGCGGAGCCCGCACGGCCGGCGCGGAGAAUUUGUUCCCGCCGAAGAGGAAGUCCUUGAUUCCCAGGCCCUUUGAGGUCUGAGGAGGAGUCCAGUAGGUGAGAUUCUCUACCUCUAAGGAGAAACAGUACCUGCUCCUUCAGCAAGAGCAAGCUCUCCAUUGCUAUGGAUACCGAAUCCACGUAUUCUGGAUAUUCUUACUAUUCUAGUCACUCGAAAAAAUCUCACAGACAAGGGGAGAGAAAUAGAGAGAGGCACAAAUCACCCCGGAAUAAAGAUGGCAGAGGGUCAGAAAAAUCUGUCACCAUUCAAGCUCCCACUGGAGAGCCCCUGUUGGCAAAUGAUUCUACUCGGACAGAGGAAGCUCAGGAUGACAACUGGGGGGAGACCACCACAGCCAUCACAGGCACGUCGGAGCACAGCAUCUCGCAGGAGGACAUCGCCCGCAUCAGCAAGGACAUGGAGGACAGCGUGGGGCUGGACUGCAGGCGCUACCUGGGCCUCACGGUCGCCACGGUGCUCGGACUCCUGGUCUUCCUCACCCCCAUCGCCUUCAUCCUGCUACCGCCCAUCCUGUGGCGGGAGGAGCUGGAGCCUUGCGGCGCCAUCUGCGAGGGACUCUUCAUCUCCAUGGCGUUCAAGCUCCUCGUUCUGCUCCUUGGGACCUGGGCGCUGUUUUUCCGCAAGCAGAGGGCCGACGUGCCGCGGAUCUUCGUGUUCAGAGCCCUCUUGUUGGUCCUCAUCUUUCUCUUCGUGGUUUCCUAUUGGCUCUUUUACGGGGUCCGCGUUUUGGACUCUCGGGACCGAAAUUACCAGGGCAUCGUGCAAUACGCUGUCUCCCUCGUGGAUGCCCUCCUCUUCAUCCACUACCUGGCUGUUGUCCUGCUGGAGCUCAGACAGCUGCAACCCAUGUUCACGCUGCAGGUGGUCCGCUCCACUGAUGGCGAGUCCCGCUUCUACAGCUUUGGACACCUGAGUAUCCAGCGAGCAGCAUUGGUGGUUCUGGAAAAUUACUAUAAAGAUUUCACCAUCUAUAACCCCAACCUCCUAACAGCCUCCAAAUUCCGAGCAGCCAAGCACAUGGCCGGGCUGAAAGUCUACAACGUAGAUGGCCCCAGUAAUAACGCCACUGGUCAGUCCCGGGCAAUGAUCGCCGCAGCUGCUCGGCGCAGGGACUCGAGCCACAAUGAGUUGUAUUAUGAGGAGGCGGAACAUGAACGGCGGGUGAAGAAGCGGAGAGCAAGGCUGGUGGUUGCAGUGGAGGAGGCCUUCAUCCACAUCCAGCGUCUCCAGGCUGAGGAGUAUCAGAAAGCCCCAGGGGAGGUGAUGGACCCCAGGGAGGCCGCCCAGGCCAUCUUCCCCUCCAUGGCCCGGGCUCUGCAGAAGUACUUGCGCACCACCCGGCAGCAGCACUACCACAGCAUGGAGAGCAUCCUGCAGCACCUGGCCUUCUGCAUCACCAACAGCAUGACCCCAAAGGCCUUCCUCGAGCGGUACCUCAGCACGGGUCCCACGCUCCAGUACGACCGGGAGCGCUGGCUCGCCAUGCAGUGGCGGCUCGUCAGUGAUGAGGCCGUGACCAGCGGGCUGCGGGAUGGACUCGUUUUUGUCCUCAAAUGCUUGGACUUCAGCCUCGUAGUCAAUGUGAAGAAAAUUCCGUUCAUCAUGCUCUCGGAAGAGUUCAUAGACCCCAAGUCUCACAAAUUUGUCCUUCGCUUACAGUCCGAGACGUCGGUUUAAAAGUUCUAUAUUUGUGGCUUUAUUAAAAAAAAAAAAAAGAAUAUAUAUAGAGAUAUAUAUGUAUACCAGAGGGGCAUCUUUGUUUUUAUUAUUCUUCAUUGCUGACUGAACUGGCAGAUGAGAGACCAGGGUCCUUUGACCAUCUGCACUUUAUUUGGAAGGAAGCAGAAGAUGUCCGUCCUGGAAAAAAGUGACUGAUGACAUCUGACUUGGGGAUGGGACGUCUCGAGAAGCCGUUCCCUGGCGUUUCUGUGACAGCUGCAAACCAAAGCGGAGCUGGAGGUUCUUGGGAACCUCGCCUUACCACUCGUCCCUGCCUUUUGUCCAGCACCCAGCCCUGCCCUGGCUUCUGGCCAUCCCACUCAUGGGCCUCUGGGGACACGUCUUUGUCCUGUUUCAGGGAACCAGACAGGACAUGUCCACACGUGUUUGUAUAUGUAAACAUCCGGCACCACGGGAGCCACGGGCUGUUCACGAAACGCCUGCCUUCAUCUUUGUUCUCUGUUGCCUUAGGUUCUGCAGAGAAAGAUCACAACGACAAAUGUGCACUGUCAGUUUACAGAUCUUCAUGAUUUUAUUUUUUUCCCCAAAGAGAGAAUCUGCCUGCCCCGGUUUUGACCUGCUUGACUACCAGCUUGAGCAGGUAGCCCUUUCCUAACCCAGUGAUGGCCUACCUGUCCCCGCUCCAUCCCACCCCCACCCCCCAAAAACACACCACACCCUACCUGGCUGGCAUCCCCCAGCCAGGGAGACCAGCCUUCAGAGCCACCCAGGACCUGGCUCUUCACCUGUGCCCUCAGGCUCCAUGCACAGCCUCAGGUCCGCCCCACGGAUUGUUUGUUUACGUAGGGAAGGGUGAGGUACCGCCCCAGGUAGGUCCCAGGGAGGGCAUGCCAGCUGGGAUGUCCCUUUCAGGCUGCGGCAGGAGCCCCUCCGCCCCCAUCCUCCUCCCACUGCUCUACACCCACCAGGGGGAGACCCACGCUGUGACUCAGGGACUGGCAAGUUCAGCUCGGAGCCUCCAUUUCCCGGGAGAUACGUCCUCACAAAGCUCCAUAGCAAGCUGCCCUGCCAAGGGACAGCUGCAACGUCCAGCCCCUGACUUCUGACCACUGUGCACUCAUCACCUCCGCCCCUUACUACCCGGGCACAGGCUCCUUUAGGCCCUGGUGCUAAAUCACUUGUAGUUGGCAGUAGAGUGAGGAGAGGGAAUGGGCAAGCUGCAGCAUUUGGGGAAAGGAAAGUAGGGAGCUGAGCUUGUGAUCCAGAAUGAUACCGGCCUGGUCUG